CACUUCAGUUAACCGGACAGAAGACAGGAAACGAGUAGCAGUAUUAUAUAUAACACCAGGGACAACGAUUCUUACCAGACUAGAUUUGUGAUGGUGAUAUUCAACAUGGCGUCUACAAAGUUUGCCUCUUUUCUCGCCGUCAUUUCAUUUAUACAGAUUCUGAGCAGCGUGUCAUCCUUGACCAUGGAUCAGAUUAUUCAAAACGCAGCUAAUUCAAGUGCGCAGUUCGAGUUCAUGGAUGAGGCCAACGGCGUGGUUCAGGUGGAGCUGGACAUGAAGUUCACGUUAGACCAGUGGCGGGACCUAAUCAAACUAAACAAAACCAGCGGAAACAGCCGAGUGAAGCGGAAAGCCGUUCGGAACGCGCGACUGCGCUGGACAUCGAAGGCAAUCCCAUACGAGAUUGCGCCGAAUACAUUUAGUACCAGGGAGCGACAACAGAUCCAGAACGCCAUUGAUGAUUGGGAGAUGUACACGUGCAUCACGUUUCGAGCCAGUUCGACUGGGAACCGAGUCAGAUUCCAAGAUGGCGGCGGUUGUUCCUCGUUUGUGGGAAUGCUUGGGCGUGGUUCUCAGGCCAUCACUCUCGCGAGAGGUUGCAGACAGAAGGGUACAAUUAUUCAUGAGAUCGGACACGCCGUCGGGUUCCACCACGAACAGACGAGGCCAGACCGGGACCGCUUUGUGCGGAUUCUGCGGGAGAACAUUCCCCCAAAUGUGUUCUUCAACUUCCAAAAAUACUCCACAGCAGUCAUUGACGACUUCGGCGUCCCUUACGACUUCAGCAGCAUCAUGCACUACGGCAGCACGGCGUUCACCGUGAAUGGUCGGCGUACCAUUGAGACCCUUGAUCAGCAGUUUCAGGACAGGAUCGGCAACCGACGCGGCCACAGUUUCCGAGAUAUCAAACUCGCCAACAAAAUGUACAGUUGCUCAGAGUCUUGCACGGGCAUCACGGACGCUAGCUGUCCUAGCAAUCGCGAGGGGUUUGUUGGCAAAGACUGCAAGUGUUGGUGCCGCGGCACUGGUAACAGCCCUGUUCAACACUGUGACGGCGGCGGCAUCGGCAACGGGGACGGCGGAGAUGGUGGAGACGGCGGCAGUGUCACGCAAGCACCAGUGACGGGGACGUGCGUGAACAUGAACGCCAACUGUGUUGCCUGGGCAGACCGUGGGGAGUGUCAGCGAAAUCCCGGCUACAUGACGGUGUACUGUCAGAAGGCCUGCAACGUCUGUGACAAAGUGGCAACGUGUGACGAUAUGAACACCAACUGUAACUACUGGCAAGGUCGAGGUUACUGCACUGACAUGUUUGUCAAUUACAUGCGCGAAAACUGUGCACAGUCAUGCGGCUACUGCAGAAGCGAUCAAAGUGGCUAUAACGGACAACCGUCUCUGCACCUUGGAACAUCAUUCUUCACCUUUGUCACGAGCGGCCUGGCGGUGCUGGUUUCCUUCCGCCAUUGAUCGACUGUUUCCGUGAAAUCUCGAAAGCCGACGGAAGAUGACGCAGAGACGAGACGACGUGGUUUUGCUUUGAACUUUUGAAGUUGGGUUUAUCGUACAUAAGAGUGAGUGAGAGAGUGAGUGAGUGAGUGAGUGAGUUGGAUUUAAAAUGAAAUGUUUACCAGUCAUAUUAUAUGUCAGCAUGUCAGCUUGAUGUAAGUGGGAAGCCCGAAGGCUCAUCGAAUACGUUAUGGAUACCGAAGUCUCUGAGGCGCGACAAAACUACUUCUCUCUCGUGUGAUGUCAUUAUCGAUUAUUGCAAGUGCCUCCUUGCAAACAUCAAACCAGAUCAAGUUCGUCGUCCUCAAGUACUUCAGUACACCGCUUGAGAACCAUCACCAGAACAUACGAUGAUAUCAUUCCGGUCCUUCGGGAGUCACACUGGGUGCCAAUAUCUCCCAGGGUCAAGGUCGACAAUUGUCUCAAGUACCCGACCUACCUUUCUGAGUUGCUUCCCUUGUAUCAAACCACUCGUUCACUAAGGGUCACGUGAUCAGUUACUCCCAGCUGUGAAAUCUUUGUUUGACAAAAUAACUUUUUCUUACAAUGAAGCUAUCAAGUGAAAUGACGCUUUCAAUCAAGAACCUACGAUUCAUAACCCACUACUGGUGACAUUUCACAGAAGUGCACAGAGAAUAUAUAGAUAAACGAUGAGCUAUAUAAAUACAUUUACUAUUGUCAUCAUCAUCAUUAUUAUCAUUAUUUUUUUGUGAUGUAGGUCUUAGGCCACUUUCGUAAAACACAAUAAGUGCGUAUCCUGGAUUCGAACCCACAAUCACGGGUGUCUAAAGGACACAACUCUGCACAGUGAAUAUCAUCUUGGCCACCCGCGUUCCCCUCGUAGCCAACAAGUAUAUCGAAGUCAGCUUGAAAUAAAACAAGAUGGUUUAACACAUAUACUAUUUAUUGUGUUAAUACUUUUAUGGAUAUGACGAACAGUGCUACCACAAGUGUAUUCAAGCUUCCGCUAUCAUUCGUCAAAUUCCGGUAUGGAACGGAAGGUCACGAAUGUUUACGGUUCAAUGUUUGCGGAACUCAUUCAAAGUGCCCGACUGCUGGGGGUUUCUUCAGAACAGAUAUAUAUAUGUAUAUAUUUGGACAUAGUUCGAUGUAAAUGGGACAUAUCGAUAAUAACAAUUAUCAUUGAUUUUGCGUAUGUGUUAAUGUUGUAAAAUACUAUAUUUAUGUAAUUUUACAUGUAUGUUACUUUUUAUAUUUGAAAUAACAUGAACUAUUGUGAGCUGAGCUAUGGUCUCUUCAUUGAAUAAACAUCUUAAGACUAAA